UUCGAUUUGGAGUAUUUUUCUUUAUUAUAAUUAUAGAUAAAAUGUUAACUUUUCUGUCCUUGGCAUAAGACGUAACUAACUGAUGCCGAUCACGCGCAUUCCACGUGGCUUCCACUGUAUCAAAUCAAUUUCACGCUAUUUCAUCUUACAAGUUUCAACCAGUAUUUCACAAAAUACCUUCUUAAUAUAUUUUGGCAUUUGAAGCUGUUGUAUAACAAGCUAUUACAGCAUCUAUCCCUACAAUAUAGUAUAUUUAGAUGGAACAUAAUUAUGUCUGCAUCCACUGUGGAAAACAGGCACCCGCUCUGUAUAGAGAAUACACUAAAGAAUUGCUUAAAAUGUGCCAUUGCGAAAACUGCAAGAUGACCGUCGACAGUUACGUCGAAACGGAAGCUUCCAUAAUAUUAAUUGAUGCGGUUCUUCAAAGAAAACAAGCUUACAGGCACAUCCUUUUCAACACCGAGAUUAAAUUCGUAUGGAAACUGGCAAUAGUGUUUUUGCUAUGCGAUGCUUAUCAAAAGUGGAUUUUGGACAGGGCAGUGCCUUGGAAUUUCAAUAACUCCAAUGGCUUCAUUUACUUAGAACUAGAAUGGAAUUUCUAUUUUGCAUGUUUAAAAGCCACAAUAGAAAAUUUGCUCUUCCUAUUUUUUGUUAUAUUAUUUAUAUUUAUUAUAUACAAGAAAAGAAUAUCCAAGAAAAAGAAUUCCACGACUAAUUUAUUGAACGGUCUCAUAAUAUUUAGUUAUGGAAAAGUAUUUUACUUGCCGGCGGUUCUCUGGGGCAUGCACAGCGGCACGACUACGGAUUUUCUGAUAACCGCUUUCAUACUGAUUUCGGAAAUUCAAGCGUGCAUAGUUACCAUCGAAAUACCGAAAGUAUUUGCCACCGCAAUCGUCGUGUUUAGUUACGUCUUACAUCAAGCCAUCGCCUCGGCCGUGUAUAAAAAUAUUCAUAAUUAAUUUGUUUAUGUAAAAGCUCGUAUUUUUAAAGAAUAAAUACACAAUUUGUACUACAAUUGCAUUUAUUAU